GAAAAACAUUCUAGAACGGACUGUGGUCGGAGCAGGACAUAGCACAUAUCAUCCACACUGAUCUCAAGAAUGACUGCGCUCGCACACGAGGCACAUGCUGGUAUGGCAAAGGCAAGCACGAUCGAAGGGGAGGUAUGCUAUGCGCUGUAGUUUUCAAUGCUCGCCACACUGUACAAAAUGGCGUCGCCCAGCUCAACUGUUUCGGAAAAGACCAGCGAACAGCAAGAUCUUAAACCGCUGGAUGAAGGAACCUCUGUUGGUUUGCGUGAAGGAAACACAAACCCUGAAGACAAUGGGAAAUCAGAAGAUGACGUGGAGGUCGUUUUUUUCAAACCUGCUUCUGAUUGUGAAGUGGUGUACAGUAGUCUAGACUGUGAAAGGAAAGACACAACAAUUGACCUGGAAGACCUGAGCCGAGAUGGUGAUGUGGAAAAUGAGACUGCAGAAGAAAAUAGCUUCUUCAUUAUUGACAAGACUGGAGGUGGCGACACCGGUCAGAGGCCACUCUACAUCAACGAUUGCAUUGGCGUCCUCGGUGACAGCCAUGUUCCUGAAACUCCGAAGGAAUUGUGUCCGAGUAUGGAAUGUUUUAACUGUGGUGGUGAUCAUCAUCUAAAUAUGUGCACCAAAGAUAUUGACAGAGCUCGUGUUUCCAAAAACCGAAGAGAAGCAGCAAAGAAUUUGAAUGUAAAGAACACCCGAUACCAUGUUGAAGAAGGGCAGAAGGAACGUUUCAAACCUGGCCACUUGAGUAAUGAGAUGAGAAGAGCCUUGGAUAUUGGAGCAGAAGAGCUACCACCAUUCAUCUACAGAAUGCGCGUCCUUGGAUACCCACCUGGUUGGCUGAUGGAAGCUGAGGUGGAGAGUUCUGGCCUAAAAAUAUAUGGAAGUGAUGGAAAAGCUGUAGAAGAUGAGAAUAUUGAAGACGGAGAAAUUCAUUCUACAGAAAAACAUGUACAAUAUGACCCCAACAAGCUAAUCCGCUUCCCAGGAUACAAUGUUCCCACCCCACCAGGGGUUUAUGAUCAAUGCACAAAGUAUGACAUGCCUCCUAUGCAACCACAUCAGCAGUUGUCUGAAGCAAAGAAGUACAUGAAAGCCCCAGAAGCAACACCAUUUAAAAAGAGAAAAAAGCUAACCUUACCGCCACCAGUCGGAAAACCAGAAGCAGCCCUUGAAAUGGACAUGGAACUUGACUCAGACCUGGAUGUUAGCACAAAUUGGAAUGAGGCCCAGGGAUGCUCGUCUACACAAACUACCAUAUUGAUUUCAGAAGACACUGCAUCACUUCAUGCUUCCCCUUCAGGAUGUGUCAUGCCCUCACCUCCUAGUAGUGUGCUAGAAACAACACAUGAAGACUCUUCAAGAAUACCAGGAAGCCUUCACAGCAGUGAAACAUCACCACACAAGGACAAUGAUUUAGGAUGGGAAAGUGAAGAUACAGCAGAUGCAGUACCAGAGUCGAAGAAGAGUGGAGCAAGAGUUUGUCUCUCCCAGAGCGUUACCUUAGGCACUCCCAUUAUUUCAGGCUUCAGUGGCUACGAGAAGCUUCCACCACGGGAGAACUUUUCAAAAGGAAUAUCUGAGCACAUACCCUUCGAAAACUUACCGGGGGCUACUGGUACAUAUGACAGGUUGCGUGGUGUGUUAACUAAAGUAAGGAUGUCUAUGAGUGAGGAGCAAAGGGAAGACAGUGGCAAUAAGUUUUCCAGCAUGUAGAUCAAGAUGUUCAUAAACAGCAGCUGUCGUGUUGAAAUAUUUUUCUUUUCAGUUGCACUAAAGAAUUACACGAGUAUGAGGAGCUUUACUGCAUUCAUGAGGUCAUGUUUGCUUACAAAGGCUGAGACUGGUAACAUCAAAUUUAUGUAGUGGUACUGGUUGCCCAAACAGCCAUCAUUGCAUCCGAGAACGAAAUUCAACACACGACAAACAAGCUUCAUUUUAUGUUGUACCAUUGACAGUGAAAGCGCACAGAACUGCUACAUAUGUCAUUGUGUAAUAAUUAAAUGUAAUGGUGAAAACUGAUGUACAUACGAAUGAAUAUGAAUGAGCUUCCCAUUUUCAAUGUAAAUAACAUUCGCAUGAUGCACAUCACAGAGAUGCUUGUUAUUUAGUUUUAUACGUUUGUGGACAUACAAAAAAGCUGGCUUUUCAAAUACGAUUGCUGUCACUUUUUUGUUAAUAACUUGUAGAGGUGUGCUAAUAUCCGAAAUUUCGAAUACGGAUAGAAUAUUUCCGAUAUUCGAUUCGGAUUCGGAAGAAUGCUAUUUGAACUUAUUAAAUAUUCAAACUAAUUCGAAUAUCAUACCAGCCUACUACCAAAAUGUAGCGGGUAUUGCACGCUUGAGUCUGUACGUUGCAGUAACAGCGACAAACAUGAAUACUACAACAGCUACAAAGUGAUACGCGGAGCUUUCGAGCUCAGGCACGUUUUCUUGUUCAACUCUGGCAACCCCAAGUUACUCAAAGUGGGAAAAAAGGAUUGUAUCUCAUUACGGAUGAAGUCUUAUUACGGCCGACAAUCCUUUAAUCCCCAAGUGUCUCAUUAUAGCCAAAGUACGGCCGUAGGUAGUCUCAUGACGGCCAAAAGUCAAAAUGUGUAUUGUAACCUGCAUUGAUAUCCAAUGUUGCAGCCAAGUAUCGAUAUACAUUCAGCAGGGUAUAUUGUGAGACAAACAGUAUGUUAUCGUACCAGAGCACAAUACAGCACAUUGUGUUGUGAGGAGAGAAUCAGUUUUCCCUGUCACGCUCUGCUCCCUGCCAAAAUUUGAGACGGACAUCGAGACACCGAGGACCGGGAGCGAGGCAAAGUGACCAAUCCCGGGCUCGCUGCGGUCCCGGUUCAAGGAAUCUAAGGUCCAUGAAAUGCCAUGUCCUUGGGAAGAAUGUAUAUAUUGUAAAUAAACCGCAACGUCUAGAAGACGUUCGAAAAAGUG